GAACAUACCCCAAUGUCAGCAACGUCGUCAAUCUCCAACGACGGCUUCACGAUCAAGUGGUCUGUCUGACGCUCAUUCCGUGCGCUGAAACGGAUCGAUCUCACGGAUACCCACUGUUCGUAGACAGUGUCGCCAGCAUACCCGAUAUGAGCCCUGGUUUGGAAAUGCAAUACGCUGUUCUUGGCGAUGCUCGUAUUGGUUCGGAGUGGCGCAAGGCCAAUGAUUUGGGAGAACCGAGAUUGCCACCGGUAGGGGCGGAAUGCCUUGCGGUCUUACAGCUCCCUGAUUUGACCACUCGUCAACGCAUAUCACGUCGAGGCUGGGGCGUGGAAGUCGAUAUUCGAAGUCAAGAGCACGGUAGCAGUACCAGUAGCAAGGCCGACGCCGACGCCGACGUGGCCGACGGAGACACCAGCGGUGCUGACGAUGACAAUGAAGAGAACGACAACACAAACAGAGAGGACGGUCGAAGCGGCACCGGUAGCCACAGCACCACCGUGGGCAAAGAACAGUUUUUGUUGAUUGUUCAUCCAAGAGGGCGAUCAACGCUGGUCCGCGCAACGGUUCCACCGCUGCGGCAAGUGGACUCCAUGCCCGAGAAGUGCCCUGCUGGCUCGAUUGAAUGUCGGCUUUGCCUUGCAUAUGUCCCGUCUCAUGACAUGCACAAGCCCUGCGGCUUCCAUCCCGGCCGACCCGUGCGACUCCCACACCCGUCGCAGACAUCCUCAGGCGUCGACGCCAACGAACAGCUCCUGACGCCAGCAUCGGACUGUACUUUUGGCAGCGUCCAUGUGGCAGAAGACUCCUCCACUGGGCCGUCCGACGACCACCAAUCGGAAUGGCUGAACGACAACGUCAGUGAUGAUGGAAAAUCAGAGUACGAUGAUUUCUGGAAAUUACGCGAGAACUGGAUUUACAGCUGUUGCAAUCGGCCUGGCAAUGAGAGUGGAUGUAUGGUAGAAGUCAGCCAUAUGAGCGAAGUAGCCGAUGAGCGCUUCAGAGAUACUUGGAAAAUACCAAGAGCUGAGGAAGAUGCGGCGGAUGCGUAAGGGGGCUUUCCACGAUUCGCGAAGAUGCCCAGCACUACCUAGUACACAGACAUACUUAGCUAGACUCACCCCUCACAUGUACGAUCAGAACUCUCAACUCACC